CAGCAGGUAGUUUGUUUCCUCUAGGCUAGAGUCCUCUAGCUACUCUCUAUGGCCAUGUCGAUCCCGUCAAUUGUUAUGGCAAUGGCAAUGGUCCUUACGGUAGCGUCUACGGCGCACUACGGGCAUCAGGCGCUGGCCGAUGCUCCUGCCGCCGCUCCGAGCCCUCGUCACCACCACCAUGGUCAUCGCGGCCCGGCGGCGCAGCCGUCGGGUUCUCAUCAUGCUCAUGGCCACGAUGGUGCACCGGCGGCAGGUCAUCGUGGUCACCACGGCCACCAUGCACCAGCACCGGCGCCAAGCCAUCAUGGUCAUCACGGCCAUCAUCAUACACCAGCAUCGGCGCCAGGUCCUCAUGGCCACCACGGUCACCACCACGCACCAGGUCCUCACGGUCACCGUGCCCCAGCACCGGUACAUAACGACCACCAAUCGGCUCAGGCUCCGAAACUGCAUCAUCAUCACCAUCACGCUGCAGCGCCCGCCCCUGUUCAGAGCUCCUACUAGUCUAGAUGCAGAUGGUCAAAACAUGCGCAUGUGUGGCAAUAAUAAGAAGACGAUAUUUACGUCUUGGUUGUAUUUUUGUAUUCUUCGCUAUGCCUCUGCGUUGUUCAUGGUAAUCUCUCGGCUAAUCAACCGGAAUCGAGUUACAGUUUUUCUGC